GCGACCGGAGCAGAUAUGGACUUGCCGGCCAGUCUGCCGGACCCGGUGCCGUCGCCGAUACUGAAACACUCACCGUCACCGUCGAGAUUGUCGCGGUCGGCACGGUCCGCCGCAGACACGCCCUCGGUCACCUUCGCGGCGGACUUCCGGUCGCGCUCCAGGGCCGAAUCCACCUCGCCAUCGUUCGAGAGCUUCCGCACCGCCCGGUCGAGGCUCAGCGUGUCGAGGCGAUCCACGUCCGAGCAUCAUGUCGGUUCCCAGCGCGACCUCCGCGACGAGGACGCGCGGUUCGUUUACAUCAACGACGCAGCGUGCACCAACGCGCCGCCGGCCAUGUUCCCGAACAACUCCGUCCGCACGACCAAGUACUCCAUCCUCACCUUCCUCCCGCGCAAUCUCUACGAGCAGUUCCACCGGUUGGCAUACGUCUACUUCCUCAUCCUGGCGGCGCUCAACUUUAUCCCGCAGCUCCAUGUAAACUCGGCGGCCGCGGGCACUGCACCGCUGUCGGUCGUGCUCGCCGUGACGGCGGUGAAGGACGCGUACGAGGACUGGAGGCGGCACCGGUCGGACAAGAAUGAGAAUAAUCGGUCGGCGUCGGUGCUGGUGGACGGUGUGUUCCGGCCGAAGCGGUGGAAGGAGAUGCAGGUAGGGGACGUGGUGCGCAUCGUGGCGAACGAGACGAUGCCGUGCGACAUGGUCCUGCUGUCCACGAGCGACCCGACCGGCGUGGCCUACGUCCAGACCAUCAACCUCGACGGCGAGUCCAACCUGAAGACGCGAUACGCCAAGCAGGAAACCAUGCUCACGCCGCCGGAGGCGCUCGCGGGGGUGAUCAAGUGCGAGAAGCCCAACCGCAACAUCUACGGCUUCCUUGCUACCGUCGACCUGGAUGGCCGCCGCGCCAUCUCCCUAGGCACAUCCAACAUCAUGCUCCGUGGAUGCGAGCUCAAGAACACGGUGUGGGCCAUCGGGGUGGCAGUGUACACCGGCAGAGAAACCAAGGUCAUGCUCAACAGCUCAGGUGCGCCGUCCAAGCGCAGCCGUCUCGAGACGGACAUGAACCGCGAGACCGCCGCGCUCGCCGUCAUCCUGGUGGUCCUCUGCUUCGUCGUGGCUCUCCUCGCCGGAAUCUGGCUGGGCAAGCAUAACGACCAGCUCGGGAUCAUACACUUCUUCCGCACGAACGACUACUCUUCGCUACAGGUCCGGAAGUACGACUGGCUCGGGGUAGGAGCGCAGGUGGUGUUCACGUUCUUGUCGGGCGUGAUACAGUUCCAGAUCAUGAUCCCCAUUGCACUCUUCAUAUCCAUGGAGAUGGUCAGGGCGGGGCAGGCAUACAGCAUGGUGCAAGACAAUCACAUGUUCGACCACAAGAGCAAGACCAGAUUCCAAUGCCGGGCGCUGAACAUCAACGAGGACCUCGGGCAGAUCAAGUACGUCUUCUCCGACAAGACGGGCACGCUCACGGAGAACAAGAUGGAGUUCCGGUGCGCCAGCGUGCACGGCCGCGACUUCAGCGACUCCAGUGGAGACAAGGAGGAUAGAAAUGCAAUGCUUGGUAAGCAAUUUUCACUUUUUCAGUUCCAAUUUCCGUAA